AGCGUUUCUCUCUUGCGCUGAAAGGUACCGUCCCCUCCCCUCCCUCCGGAGGAGUCAUGUGGCUGUCAGGCAUCUCCCUGCAGCACCUCUGGCCGCCUCUUCCAGUGCGAGUUUUACCUUGGCAGUGCCAGUGGCACGGAGCUGCUUCGCACUGGGACAGGCUUGGGCUUUCUGGCCGCCACUGGCUUGUUUUCUCCUUUGGCUCAGCAAACAACUGUUGCGAAAAGUGGCUCUGGCGUGAAAACGUGUUAGGUUAGUUACAUGGGGGGCUGGAGUUGGUUAAUGUCUUCUAACUCCCUGCUAACAAGAAGCAAGCUCCCUGGCCUGAUUCAUGGCAGCCUCACCGCAAACCUCUGAGGUAAUUCUCUAAUGGAUCAAUGAAAACAAAACGAUGACAAGUUGUGGUCAACAGUCCUUGAAUGUGCUGAUGGUUGUGUUCUUAUUGCUCUUGUCGGCAGCAUUGUCUGCACAUUUUCGUGUCUGUGAGCCAUAUACAGACUACAAAGGCCGCUACCACUUUGGUUUUCACUGUCCACGUCUUUCUGACAAUAAAUCUUACAUCUUCUGCUGUCACCAUAACAACACGGUAUUUAAAUACUGCUGCAAUGAGACAGAAUUUCAGACUGUUAUGCAGAUGAACCUAACGGGGAAUGCAGAUGGAUAUAUGCAUAACAAUUACAGUGCGUUGUUAGGAGUGUGGAUUUAUGGCUUCUUUGUUGUUAUCCUGCUGGUACUGGACCUUUUAUAUUACUCAUCAAUGAACUACGAUAUUUGCAAAUUUUACCUGGCAAGGUGGGGAAUCCAGGGAAAGUGGAUGACACAGGCACAGAGCCGAUGGAUUAACCCUGCUCAGAAUCCAAGCCAAGUACAGACUCAGUCUCAGUCUCAGCCUCAAAUGUCACAGGCAGUACAUACUUUAAAAGGAGAUGCUUUAAACCCACCAUUGACGUCUUUUCAGAGUUCAUCUGCCUGAAAAUUAUAAUGAUGUGCCUCAAGAUGGGAGAGGUUAGUUUAGAAUGCAGCGAGCAGCUUUCAAGAGCGAACUAUCCAAGUGAAUGACAGACAAAUAAAGAUGACACCACAAGAUGGAGUUCGGUCAAGACAUCUGACAAGAAUCACCUCUCAACUUACAAAAACAAUGUUGAAAGAGUUCAGAAAACUGUCUGUAAGCAAUAUUUUAAUUCUAGGUCAAGAUUAUUAUUUUGAAAGGAAACAUCGUAUUUGAUGGAAAGCUCAGUACAGUGAAAUGCAAGUUGCUCUUGCAAGAUCCAAGCCAAGGUAGACAAGGGACAACAAGACAAACCUUUGGCAGAUCAACUUUCUUUGCCUCUCCAUCCAUCAAUUGCCAUUUGAGCCUAAUCUGUUUUAGAAUAAUGAAUGUGAAUUAUUCCAAAGUUCUCUGGUGAACAUUAUGUCACAAUAGGGUAGAUGCUGACAUUCCCAGUCACUGUUCCCUCUACAUCACACCUCAGAGUACAAAGGGACCCCUCAUCCAAUCAGAGUGAAGGGUAAUAGUAAUUUCAGUCCCUGAUUCUAGUCAUUUUAUUCACAGCAAUGAGACUGGCAAAACAAAUUCCUGAGCACAAGUUGCCUCAACUGUACUUGCUCUCCAGAGGAGUGUACAAAAAUUUAAAAACAAUUUUAAAAAAGGACAACCUCUCCCCUUCCUGAACCUGAUUGGAAACGGAAAAAAAAAAAGAAUAUCUCACUGAUUACAACAGCAAUAACACCAUUACCCCUAUGUUUUACAAGGCAAUAAUCCAAUUCUCUCAGGCUGAUAGUUAUUCAGCACUUGAUUGGUCUCAUAAUUUAUCCCCGUCAGGAAUGGGAGAAUUGCUUUGCAAGGCAGAACAGGAAUGAGAUAUCGAGUCACUGCAUGUUGCAAUAGCCUGACUAUAUUUUAUGGUAGGGAUUUAAUUUGAAGACAUACAGUAUAUUUUAUAUCAGGGGUGGCCAAAUUUACUGACCCUCCGAGCCACAUACAAUAAUCUUCAGAAGUUCAAGAGCUGGGCACACCUACUGGGGCUUGGGCUUCAGCAGGAGCAAGGCUGAAGCCCCGAACCCCAGCAGAUGCCUCCCACACGACUGGAGCCCAAGAUCCCCGUCUCCACAGGGCAGAAGCCCCUAGCCCUAUCACCCUCGCAGGGCAGGGCAGAAGCCCUGAGCUCCACCUGUGUCACACACCCCCACACCCUGGUCUGGUAGGUGGAAAACAGGGGAGGGAGGGCUCCGUGAACUGCAUUUUAACUGUAAAAGAGCCACAUGUGGCUCACGAACCACAGUUUGGCCACAUCUGUUUUAUAUCAAUCAUUCCUGUGAAAUGAAGUCAUGCAGCAAGACUUCAUUUUAUACAGAGUACCUGGUGACUACAACCAAAACAGAGGAAUUCCUCUGGAAUCACAGUACUAAACACACCAACAUUAGUGCCUAAUUAAUUCAGCAUAGCUAAUAUUAUUUCGACCAACACUAAAAUGAUCUGACUAUGACUUAGUCGCACAUAUUUGAGAGUAUCAUCAAUAGCAGGAACACUUUCCAUGUCUACUGAGUGACAUGAAGUCUUCUGUUCAAACUUCUUUGCACUGAGUGCAUUUUUCUUUUUUCUACUGAACAGCUAAGAGAUACGUUACUACUGGACACUUCAGGCCAAAUUAUGGCUGGCUUGCAGAAGUGCAUUAGAUAGGGAAAAGGCACAGAGAGGCAUCAGUGCUGGAGAGCAGAAGCAGUGGAAGCCAGCCAAUCUUGCCCGCAGCAGUCCAGUUCUCAGAGGAGGCCUGCCUGGGUAGGACACAGACAUCUCCAUGCCCCACCUCCUUGCACUCCAACCAGUCAAUACAAAACAUCACUGGGGGAAGGGCAUACUAUACCUAACGAAAAGGUGUAGCUAGUUCCACAGGUAAGCAUGCUUCCCCCUCAGCACCCUUGCAGGCAUUGGACUUGCUCGUGCUCCACACGGAAUGCCUGCAGUAUCCCAUCUGCGAACAGUAUUCAGAUGCCCCACUUUUCCCUGCACGUGAUUCAGUUUGUAGAGCCAUACUUGAGCCUUUAAAGUUGUACGGUGGUAUUGCACAUGGUGGGAAAUGUAGCACUCCAAGUAAAGGGCGUCAUUUUUUAAAUUCUCAAUUCACUUUAAACCAGGGAGCUUUUAGUUUUCUAAAAAUAGCAUUUCAUUAUACUGUAGCAGCAACAUUCAAAGCACUUUAGUUGAAGUUGGGACAAUAAGAGCUACAUCAAAGAGGUAUUAGAGGUCAUUUUCAGAUACUGGUACAAAUACAGCAUUGGUUUUUGCAAAAAUAGUACUUAGCAAGUACUGAGCAAAGGAGCUGAGCUUGCACGGAAGGGGGAACGCAGACAGUGGAGCUAUGAGAUGGAAGCCUCAUUCCCAACUUGCUAGUAAGGGUCAGAAAAAUCAGGUAGCCAAAAGUAACACUGAUUCUGGCCAUGCCUCCGUUGGCAGCAUACUUUUUUUCCCUAGAUGCCUUCCCUUGCAAAGACAACCCCCAACCACCACCACCCAAGGUUGUAUCUACAACACGCAGAGUCUCCUUGCACAAGUUUUUUGCUACUUAUUCCUUUGCCCCCCCAUCAUAGCAUUCCAGGUCCAUAGACCUGACACACGUACUUAAGGUACCACAGGAUCAAGUCUACAGAAGUUUGGGAACCAUUUGUUACAAACAGGAAUAGUAAUAGAGGCACUUAGCACUUCCAAGGAUCAGGCCUGCUGCUCCUCUGAGAAUGCAGGGUUUAGACCAGCACACUCUGCUGUGCAUCAUUCACUGUGUGAUGCCUACCUCAGCACAACAGGCUGAAUUAAGGUUGGAAUGUCAAACUUUAGAAAUCAAACUUCUCCAUAAUAUUUGAACUACUAUAUUACUGCAAGAAGCAUUUGUGCUUACUAUCAGUGAAGGACUAGAGAAAAAUUAUUUCACUAUUUUUUCCACUUUGUUUGCUUUACAGAGUUGACUGCCCUUUGGGCUUCUCUAAACUUGAAAUACUACUGCUGUGCUGUGUGUAGUGCUUCAGAGUAGACGCUACCUGCAUCAACAGAGGGGAUCUCCAAUUAGCAAUAGUUAAUCCACCUUCCUGAGAGGCAGUAGCUAAGUUGAUGGAAGAAUUCUCUUCCGUCCACCUGGCACUGUCUACUUCGUGGAUUAGGUCAGCUUAACUACAUUGCUCAAGGAUGCGGAUUUUUCAGCCCCCUGAGUGAUUUAGCUAGGUCGACCUGACUUUUUUAAUGUAGGCCAGGCCGUUGUAUGUAGUCAGUUUCUCUGUUUCUCCUGUAGAGUCAAUUUCCCCUUUCAUUUGUGUGGAUCUAUCAUGCAGCAAUGAGAGUGAGACAGUUAGAGAACAGAAGAAUAUGAUCAUAAAAAUCACAAAAGCUGGCAAAGGGACUCAGGAGUGAGCGAGCCUUAGAACUCACUUUUCUUACAUUAGUAGUUUUCACAUUGGUGUUCCUUUACAAGUCUCAAGUUUUGUCCAUUCAGGUCUCAACUUUCAUAAUCCUAAAACAAUGCGUUAGAUACCAAUAGCUGUUUCCAAACUUCAGCUGAUUGAUUUUAACCUCGCAUAACAUAAAAUGGAUUCUCUGGGCUAGAUUCUGAUCUUGAGCACCAUUUUACACCAGUGUAACUCCAUUAACAUCAAUGGAGUAACUGUGGACUUACAACACAGAGAAUCAGGCCCACAGAGAAUAUUCUCCAUUAAAAUAAAUGAAUAUUUUCUGCAAUUCAGCAACAUUACAAUCAACAGAAUUGUUUCCUGUACAUAGGACAUUGUUUGAAUGACUUCAAAAGAAGAAAAGCAAACUAUU